UCGGCUCAACUACUCGCAAGAUAAGAAAAGCCCAAGCUCCAUCUUCUAAAUUGCUUGAUCUCGAAUACAAUGAUUAUUCCUCAUUUGCCAAAGUUAAAUUACCAAAAUUUCCGGAAAAUUCUACCUCUACUGGCAAUGAGAUGAAGGAGGUCUGCUGUGAUGUCUCUUUUACUCCUAAAGGACGUAAAACACAGUCUAUCUAUCAUACCCGAACUCCCUCCUUAAAACGGAAGAGUGAUGAACUUUUAGCCGACGAACUUCAUAGAAAUAUAAGAUCUUUUGGAAAUAUUCAAAAUGAUGAUAUUACAAGUGUUCCUUCAAAAAGAUCUACUAUAUGUACUGGUUCUUUGAAAAAUUUCUCUUCUCUUCGUACAAAUCUUUCUGAACCUCUCGAACCUGUAACUAAACAUCUUCCCCCAAAGUCAAAACUCACCUCUUCUGAGUUGGAAGUAAUGAAUUUAAGAAAUGAAAUACUUAGAGCUAAGAUUGAAUUAUAUAUCAAAGAACAAAUUGAAGCUCUUAAUAAUACUAUGCAAUUUCAAGAUGUUACUCCUGAAGUUGAUUAUGAAGCUGAUCAUAAAGCUGAUCAUAAUCAAUUCAUGGAUUAUGAAGAAAUUGAUGAUCAUACUGCUUAUAAAGAUGCUCAUAUGGCUGAAAUUAAAGAUGGUUUAAUGAGUAUUCGACAAUAUUGUGAAGCUAUGCAAUCCAUGAAUGCAAAUUCGAAUUCUGAUGUUAAUCAUUAUAAAAAUGAUUUAGAUUUAUCUACAAAUAAUAUUUCUCAAUCUCAUAAAAAAACUAUUAACCAUCGUAAACUUAAAAAACGUGAUCCUCCUCGUCGAAAUCUUAAUGAUCAAAAAGGAAAUAUUAAAGCUUUCUGUCGAGUAC